CGCGAAUACUCUAUAGAUUUCGAAGUGCCGCGUUGCUACGAAUUUUGCUGGAGGUUUCGUCGCGGCACGGACGGAUCGCUCAGGACUAUUUUCUCGCUCGCCAGUAAGUAAAAGUUCCUCAUUCAGCGAACGUGUCGGAAAUAACGGCUCGCGUAAAGCGAGAGGGGUUGAAAUUUGUUGAAAUAACGUGAAGAAUUAGUGCGAACGGAUUAUGGACCUGGGAGAGGUCGUGUGCUCUACCGUCAGGUGGCGGUAGCCUCAAAACAGUGGGACAUCGUACAGACACCCUGCAACGGGAUCGUGUUUUUCACAGAAUUGUUUUCCGCGUUUUCCCGCAGAAACCACGCUCCUCAACGGUGAUUUUUCGCCUCAGAGGGCCGCAUCUAUCAACCCCACUAUCCGGCCGGCCGCUCACCUCUACUCACACCUAAGACGAAUUAUGUAGUUUUUCCGAUUGCUGUAUACUCAAUUCGUUCGUUCCUGUCUUGCUUAUAAGAGGAAAGGAAAAUUGACAAAUUGCUUUGAACACCACGAUGAUGGUAAUAAUUACCAUACGGUCAGUUCGUGGUUUGCAAUUUCAUAUUAUGAAUGAAAUUGCAGGAGCCCAAUGUGGGUGGAAGUGAGAUGGCAUCCAGGGAAAAGAAACCCUUAGCGCCUUCCAAAGCAAAACAGAAGGCGACGAAUGAUUCUGGCUCGCCAAUGAAUGAAAUAAAAAACAGAAAAGGCAAGCCUUUGUCGAAUCUAAAGCAACAGCAACUUGCACAAGACAUAUUGGAGGCUGUGGCAACUGGUAGCCAGCUUCCUCCUAAAUUAGAGGCAACCGUGCCUCGUAAGAAGGUACUCAAGACGCUUAAACGCAAACAGAAGUUGAGAGUAGCGAAAGUAAACUUAAUAAAAUCGAAAGUCACAAGGAAGGUGGCUAAUAGGAACUUGUGCAGAAUACCUUCUGACAUUAAGAAGGGUGUAAGGUCCAGGAGAAUCAAAUUAGCCGAAGAGAAUAAUCCUAGAAGUUUAGAAAACCACGUAAUCGACACGGAAAACGAAAGUAUAGAUACGGAAGGAGGUAAUAGAAGUGCCAAGACCAAUCUCAGGACUAAAAAGACCAAGGGUGUACCAAAAACUAGCGCAGAAGUAGAAAACGAAGAUAUUUUGGAUAAAGACACAGGUUUGGUUGCCGGAUCCAGUACCAAGAGCAGCCCAAAACUUGGUAGAAAGGGUAGGACUUUGGAUAGUUCUGACUCUUUGCCAAAAAGUGUCAAAUCUGGGAAAUUUUCGGGAUUCAGGAGGAACAAUCUUAAGGAAAAGGAUACUUGUAUAAAGACAGAGCUUGAUAUCAAGUAUACAAAGGGAAGGAAGAGUACACGAGACGUAGAUUACGGCAAUACUAGAAUAUCGAAAUCGUUUUUGAAUAGUAGGAGUUCCAUAGAGAUCACCAUAGACGAAGUGAUAGCUUCAAUGUUGAGCGAUUCGGAGGCAGAAAACCAGCAAGACAUAACUGAGAAAAUAGAAGGAAAGGUGACAAGAAGUAAGAAGAUGUUAGUAGAAGAGAAUAAUACAAAUCCAGAUAUAGAAAUAAAGAAAGAACCAGACAGCGAGGACGCUAAAAUUAUCUCGGACGGGGAGAAUCCGGAAACGGAAUCUUCCAUUCAAAAUGCGAUUCAAUUGAGAAAGCGAUCGAACGCGUCGACGAUUAGUCAAAGAAGCUUGAGGAACGGGAAGCUACGGCAAUCGGAAUCCGACGUUUCCACCGAAUCGGAACUUAAAAAAGGUCGACGAUUGAAUUCGGACGAUCCCGUCAAUUCGGAGGUUUCCAUGGACAAUAUUACUGACACCAAUAUCGAUACGGAAUCUAGCUUCUCCGAAUCCAGCGGCAAUGACACUCAAAUCAUCACACUACCGGUCAAAGAUGAAACUACUUGCAUGAAGCAUGAGAACUUGACCAAUUUCGAAGAUAAUUUUCAGGCUGGUUUAGAAGUAGAGAAUAAUAAUAACGGAGACAGAGUGGCCGAUAGGGGCACCGAGAUGGGGCCAACGCUUCGUUCGAAAACGAAAGCGAAAAGUAUAGAUGAAACGAAAACCGACAAUAUUAAACUUGAAUGUGGAAGAAUAUCAGGUAAAAACUCGGAUGUGCAGGAGGAACCGAAGAAGGCGAGCAGUGUGGAUCAAGUUAGAAAAGACAAUAUUUUGGCUAAACUUUCGGACAAGUCGAAGGGUCGAAGGAGCAGUUUGAACAUAGAUAUGAAGAAGACGGUGAAUUCAUUUUACAGUACGGAAAAGUCCGACGGUAACCCGAAGUCUCAGAUAGAUCAGAUGAUAGAAAAUAUCAAGUUGACGAUCGCCAAGUCUAUCGAGAGUAAAAUUUUCGGUCCGGAGAAGGGCCGCGGUUUGACCAAGAAUUUCGACGUACCAAAAAUGGAAGAGAUAAUCGCGCCGUUGAGUGCAGAGUCGCAGAAACUGGGAUUGGAGGAGAAUACAGACGAGGACAAGUCUGCCAUUUCGAAGAACGAGAUCAAAUCGGAAAGCACGGAGAAUUCGAUACCGAAAGUGGCUGAUACUGCCAAAGAAAUCGAGAAACUAGUCAUGGGUGAUAUCGAAUUAGCUGAAACUCAUUCGCAGAACGUGCAGGAGAGCGAGUCUUCCGAUGCCGACGCGAACGAGAACGCUCGCAAUGUUUCGGAAGUCAAACAUUCUACUGAAAAUAACGGUGGCGAUUGCAAACCCGUGGAACAGCAAGAGGGAGAAUGCAGCGAGGCUCGUGAUGCAGCGGAAGAGUCCGAAAAACCUGACCAAGAUGAUCAACAAAUUGUGGAUGAUGCUAAGAAGAUCCUACCUACGAGAAGAUCUCCGAGGAUAACCGAUAAAACUUCUUCCGAAAAUGGCGAGACUAAGAAGUCAACUAAGCCAAUAAAUAAAACAGCUGAAAAGUCUGAAAAUUGUGAAGACUCUUCGGACAACGCAUCUGAUAAAGUUGAAGAAACCGCUUCGAAUCAGGACGAUACGCUCGAAAACGAAUUAACGAACAAAUCGGCUGUUUCAGAGAUUUCGAUGGCUAGCACAAUGGUCACGUCUGAUAAAGUUACAGAUACCGUAGAAACAGAAGCAAAAAUGAAUAAAACAAAUAAAGAAGAGAUUAAAGUCUCUUCAGCCGAUAUCGUGGAAUCGGACGAAGUAGAAACGUUGGAGAGUAUCUCUAAAGAGGUAGAACGUUUGGUAGCAGAGGAACAUUGUAACGAUCAACCGAAGACGAACACGAAAGAAACACAAGACGAUGUAUCAAGCAAGGAUACUGAGAAACAGGAAGCUAUCUCUGUUAACACGAAGGAAUCGGAAGAGUCAGUAGAGGUAGCAACGAAUGCCAAAGAUGUUGAGGAAUUCACGGAGACUGUAUGCGGAGCAAUACAAGACUCGAAGAAAAACAAGAAUAAUUGUCAAUCGACGACUGCCACCGAGUCGAACUCUAAAGAGAACUCAGUUCCUAGCGACGUGUGCUGUUCUACUGAGGACAAGAAAAAAGAUGUGAUUGAUACGAAGGACCUCAAACGUCAAAAUAACGAUAUCGAUAAAGAGGAAAAUAAAUUGAUUUCGAAUAACGAUUUGGAGCACAACGAAUCAACUGUAACGGAAGAUGAAACGGAGAAAUCGGUAGAGGAACAAAAGUCAACCGGUGACGAUGGUAAGAAACGUGUAUUAAGGGCUCGCGACAAGACGAAAAAGCUCGAAAAGGGAUCAACUUCACAUAGCAAAGAACGGAACGAGUGUUGGCCGAAGGUUAAAGUGGAAGAAGAUAUUAGCCAGAAAAUGCAGAGCGAGGAGGACACGCAAAAUUCAGACAAGAAACCUCACGAGUUGAACACGGAGGACAUAGACGAUACCCAGAAUAGCAUGGAGUUUGAUUCAAACGACACCGAGCGUCAAGCUCGUACCAGACGUGGUAGGGAUGCGAAGAAACGCAAAGAAGAUCACCUUAUCAAUCUGAGGAACAAGCGACCGAAGCGAGAGAUUCGGAAGACCGAUCAGCAGAACAAGGAGGAAACAUUGUUGGACAACGAGGUGGCUAAAAUCAACGAGAACAAUCGAUCCCUUUUAGACAAAUACGGGAACGAGGCGGUAGAAUGUGAGACGACGUUCCGAGGUUUUUCGGAGGGUAGCAGACGAAAGCUGGAAAAACGUCAGGACACUAAAGACAACGCGCGAAGCAAGUCGGAGAACGACUUGGUUAUUGACAAAGAGCCUGGCAAAGGAAAAGGUGAAAAUAGAUUCUUACGAAACUUAUCCGAAAACCCCAUGACCAAACAAGAGAAUAUGGAUAUAUUAGACGCCGAUUGCAAGCCGGUGAAGACGCCAGAGACGUCACAGAAAGAUUCCGAUGAGACGUCAACCUCCGGCGAGUCGUCCAGCAGCGUGAAUGUCACACCGAAAAUAUUGGAAACGCCCGAAGACAAGGUGAAAAAAGAAUCGAUACUGAGACUGCUCGGUUUGGAGACCUUAGAGAAGGCCGCCGAGAGACUGAGCCACCAAAGAGCGAAGAAGGAACAAUACACGGGCACCCUGAAGACCGUGAUUCGUCUGCAAAAGGAGAAAGACAAGGAUAAGAGACGAUCGAGGUCGCCGUUGAAAAUGGUGUUGAAGCAGGGUCGUGGAGACGGAGAAGGGGAUUCGCUUGAGAACUUUUACACUAUUCAGAAGGAGUUUGGAAGCAGUGGUUGGGGAGAUAGCAGCUCUGGUGCGAACCGAAAGUUCUCUACUAACCACAGACACUCUUGCGACGAAGACAAUGAAGAAACGCCGUCAAAGGAUCGCCAAUCUCUGGUCAUUCCGGAGAAAUCCUCCUCUUUCUCCAUCCAUCCUGGACGGUUGUGCGCGGACGUGUGUUGCUACUGUUUCGGCAAGUUCGGCUCCCUCGACACACCGAUGCACCUCGCUCAGAUGAAAUCCGACGAAAGAAGAAAAAAGAUACUGCACAUAGAAAGGCAUUUGACCAACGACUCUUGUUUAUGCGACGCUUGUUAUCGUCAUGUGGACAGGAAGGCAAACACGAGCCCCACAAACAUGCAAGCAAAACCACAGAAACAACAUAGACAAUUGAUGGUGCCCAAAUGCACGGCCCGCAAUUGCAGAGACGAUGGUCGACACCACGUAAAACGUCGAUGGUUGCUCAAGAUAAAGGCUGGUCUGCAGAAAGAGGUGGACAUUGAUUGGGAAUCGAGUCAACAUACGUCCAUGUCAUUCUGCGUCAGUCACUAUUCGAAAAUUGAACGAUUCUUGACCUGUGCACUAUGCAAACGCCGAUUGGCGAGAAAUCAUGCUCAUCAUUUGGCGAACGCGGAGACCACCGAGUUGAACCAGCUGCUCGGGCAACAGAGGAUCCCCGUAGUCUUGGCUGCGGGUACUUUCGUUUGCAAGUUGUGCCGUUAUUUCACGCAACUGCAGCUGAAGUAUAAGGAUGUGGAGAACAUGAAUAUGAAUCACAGAUCGUUCUUUAAGAGUUACCGGAAAAGAGUUCUACACUAUCACGAUAUCGAGGUUCCCGAGAACGAAGACGAUGACUCCCCACAAAAUUCAUCGACCAAGGACAAAGACAAAGACAAGGACAAACGGAAGAAGAUUAAAUGUUCUACAUUGUCGAAGACCAGCACUUCCAAAUCCUCGGAUGAUACUACGAACUCCGUGUCAGAAAAGUCCACUCCAGAACCUAACAAGAAUGAGAGGACUAACCCGGAAACGGAGAACGAAAACCGUACCGCGAAAGCAAGCUCCAAUUCAAACGAUGAGAACGCCGCAACGGACGUGCAGUUUAUCAGUAUAGAAAACACCAUUGACAAGCUUAAGAAACGUAAGAUGCUCGACAUGCAUUUGUACACGACACCGGACGUACCGGGACCUUGCGAGAGUCCUAGCGAGGUGGUGGAGAUUCUCGCGAUGGACAAGGAGGUGACCCUAACCAGAUUGCCAAAGAGACCGAGAACGAGCAACGAUAUCAAUCCUGUCGUGCAGAGACUCGGUGCUAAUCCUUCUAUUAGUGUGCGCACCUUGUUCCCCGGUGAGGAGGAAAUGAACCUCCACGCUAACAUAGAGUUCACUAAUGUUCGUGAAAUAACGCCACAAGGUUGGGAGAAGUGUGCCACCAUGAUACAGUACGACAGAGACACGAAGUUACUAUGGCAGGAGUUGCAGAGACCUUACGGCAAUCAGAGCUCGUUCCUCCGACAUCUGAUACUUCUCGAAAAGUAUUACAGAUCGGGCGACUUGAUCUUGGCUCCGAAUGCAUCGCGGAAUGCGAUCAAUUACUCGACUUCCGUACAGAAUCGGUUGAUAUCGUACGAGGGCCCUGAAAAGAUGGACGAGCCAAUAAUGGAACCGAUGGCCUCGGAGUAUCACAACUCCCGUCGGAUGAGCGGCGGUUUCGUGUUUGAGAGAGACAAGCACUCCUCGGGUAGCAGUACUCCCAAGCCGUCUACGGUACAAUCUGCGAAAGGCAGUCCUCCGAGGGCGUUGAAACUGAAUCCGGGUGUAUCGAUAAUCAAGAAACCGCCACCUAAUCUCCAACGAUUGAAUCUUCCGUCUACCAGUGCUGCCGCUACCACCACCGCCAAUGGUACCGUGAAACGGAAGGAUGGUCAAAAAUUGCCACCCACUGCCGGCGGUAAAGUAUUCCAAUUGAGUGAGUCCGAUUUCAAACGACUGCAACAUUUGAAGAAACAAAAACAGCAGUUGCACACGGAGAAGCAGUCUAGCAGUUCGAGCAGCGGCGUGAGCAACUCGGUUUCGCAGGUGAAUUUAAAGUCGGCCACGCAGUUCCAGAAAGCGCAGAUCGCUGCGCACACGCAAUUCCAGAAGCACUUAAGGAUGCAACAGGAGAUGUUGAACCGGCAAAGCAGAAGUGACUUCGAGCCAUUGAUCUGUGACGUUCGCGCGCUGGCCAACGAAAACAGCCCGACGCAAAAUGUGAUUCACAAUCUGAAUUUGCCGAAGUCGAUUCAAGUGACGACCAAGACGUCUAACCAGAUCCCUAUUUUGCCAAAAAUUCCCAAGUCGUUGACGGUGAUACCGCAGACGAUCACCAGACCGGCGGACAAAUGAGGCAGGCGUACGAAAAUUGGGAUGAACAGUAAGUAAACAAAACGUGUAGAUGUUCAUUUUCUUUAAACGAGAGUGUCAAAACAGUAGGGAGAACGUACGUAGAGAGUGUCGAGAGUGACGCUCUGUAUACGAUCAUAGAGAUUAUUUCGGUCGAAUGAUCGGUAAGGGCUUCGAGAGCUCGUCGUGAAGAGCGACUCUACGUCUGUCUUAUACCUAUAGAAAGAACAACCGCGUUCGCGAAAAACUGCGUUUUUCAAUGUAAAACGAUGUACGGUGACAUGUUGAAUACUACUACGCGCCUACGUACGCAUCGUGAUACAUAAUAGCGUGUUAGACAAGCGUUUUGGGAAAAAAAACGGGAGAUCACAACCACUGUAUUUUACAUUGACAACCAAAGUAUCGGUGUAAGAGAAAACACAAACGAUGAAACACGGUAGAGAUUGUUUCCAAGGAGAAGUGCCUAAAAAAAACGUACGACACGAACGAAGUCGUUAGUUUUUAAAAUGAUGGAGAUCUAAUACGUUGAAUGAACUGUAUUCACACACUAUACGUAUAGUUAAAUAUAUAAAUAUAUAAGUAUACACGAGUAAGGGGAAAAAAGGAAGGAAAUAGAAGGAUUGUUAAAGAGCAGAAGGAAAGGGGGGCGUGUAUAUACCGUGAAAGUUCGUAUGCCGAGUUUCCAUUUCGCCCUCUUUCUCUUCUACGCGUUCAAUAAUAUAUUCUCUUCUACAGAAUAACGUAAAUAAAAGAUAAGAAUAACGUUACUGAAGAAACGCCGUUCCUCCUCGAGUUCUUCACGAGAUCGAACGGAAGAGCGCGUCUCCAAUGAACGAGUCGAAGGGGGUAACGCUGAUUUUUGCCUUGCUGUUAAAAUAAAAAGAUGGUUCACUGCUAGAGACAUAUCUAUUGCGUGCGUUCUUCGGGAUUUCGGAGCCUCGAGGUCUCGCAAAGAUCGACGACAAGCCUCGAAGACAAGAAUUUGAAAAUCGGUAGUUCGUUCCUUUUCCCGCGCGUCUCGAGGGGCAUAAUACACUUAAAAAAAAGAAAAACCGAUCCGCGUUGUAAUAUCGCGAGUACAAGCAUUCGACAUCAAAAUAAUUCUUUGUUAUACGAUUUGUCUUGCACGCCGAAUAUAUUUUUAUCUAUCUGGAAAGAGAAGAUAUCGGGAAUGUAUGAAAAAUGGAAGGGAAACGCGGAUAAAAGGCAUAGAUAGCGAGUGGGUGAUCUUUUCCCAUAGCUACGAUCAAUUGCGAUGGGAAGCAUGCGGCGGAAUGAAUUUGCAAUUUGUACAUUAGAAAAAAUGAGAAAUAUAUAUAUUUUGGCCUGCUCGCUAGAGAGGAGCAUAAUUUUUCAAGCGUAAUUCUUACUCACCAGGAGGGUCGAGAUCGUUCAGCUGACGUGAGUGAGAAAGCAAAAAGAUAUCGUAUGAAUUGGUGAAAAUACACGUCUAUAAAAGUAGGUGUAGACUUAUUACGCCUCGAGCUUAUUUAUUAUGUUAUUGUAAUAUCAUCAUAUUGUACAUAACUGAUAAUUAUUUCUAGUUCGUAAUCAAUUAUUAUUAUUAUUAUUAUUAUUAUUAUUAUUAUUAUUAUUAUUAUUAUUAAUUAAUAUUUCAUAAUGGAUAAAUGAAUUGCUAUUGCAUAUACCACGACGAAUUUAAUCAUCGUGCAGGAUUCCUUUGAUUAAUCGUAUAAAACUAUCGCGAGUUCGAGAGAGGAUUGAGAUUUCUGAAUUCUUUUUGGGGCGAGACAGAGGAAGAGAAAAAGGCUGAUGAAUGAAUGAGCUAUCUACAGCUAAAGACUGAAAGAGCGAGAAAGAGAGGGAGAGAAAGGGAAUGUGUUCUUUUCUACUACUUUUCCUCGUCCUCCUCCCGCUCUUUUUCCUUUCUUUCUUUUUCUUUCUGAUCCAUUAUGCACGAUGUCGCCACGUGAAAAAUUUUGAGAGAAAGCGAUAAAAAGUGUCAAUUGUUUAAAAAAAAAUAGAACCUUCCUCGUGAAUAUAUAAACAAUAUUUGUUUCGAGGUUAGGUUAUAAAAUACUGCCUUAAUGAGAUGUGUGUGAUCAGUUGUAAAUAAUAGAUGAAGAGAAAUUAAAUUUGAAAUAUGAAUUAUUAGAUUUUUUGAUUAGUAGAAAAUUGAUUCGUGAGACAAGCGACGAAGGGGUAGUAUAAUGUGAUACGAACGAGACACUAUUGAAAUAAAUCUUUUGAACUGUAUAAUGAAAGAAGGAAGAAUAUAAAGUUCGCUUUUAACUAGAAAUUAUACACAGAAAGGUGAUAUGAAUUUUGUUUCUAGUACAGAGAUAUUUGUCCGUAUUCUACUUGAAAAUACUCAAAAGUUCUUUAUGUUUUGUUCGCUGUUCAAUUAGUUUUAUUUUAAUUUCUCUCUUUUAAAUGUACAUCUAUUUACUUGUUCUAAGCACUAGUUAACGUCAUCAAUAAAAUCGACAUAAAGCUGAAACCGGUUUAGAAAUUUAAGGAUCGAAAAUCUCUUACGACUCUUCGAGUACUAGUACACUUACAAUUAGCGAUACAAUAUUUAAAUAUUUCAAUGUUGCAUGAUAAUAUUUUUGAAUCCUCUGCGAACGUGCACCACAGUCUAGUUCCUGCAUCAUUUCCUUCCGUUUUUAUUUUUUUAUUUCACGUCAUCGAACAUAGAGAAGCAUAUAAGUUUGGGAUGAACAGAAUCGUUGAGAAACGAGAGAAUAUUCGAAACGCGGUGUAUCCUUCGAGCAGUGCAACGAAAGAAGCUAGAAACAAUUCGAGGCGUACGUAAUCCAGUUCAGGAAAAUAUUCAUGUGGCGACACGAAAAAAGAUGUACACAGGCACACUCACUCUCGAACAUUUCGACACGCGUGCACGGAAUAAUGCCGUGCACGUGCGCAUGAAUGAUAUAAAUGUCGGCAUGCGUGUUGAUAUAGAUAUUAUAUAUAUAUAAAUAUAUAUACAUUGAAUACAUAUAAUACCAAACGUUAUAAAUAAAAGUAAAUA